CCCCCUCGCCAGUCACCCCCCUUCUCUCUCUCACACACUCUCUCUCUCUCUCUCUCUCUGCGUUCGUUUCGUGGCUCUCACAUUCUCUCUCUGUCUCCGCGUCACGUUCAGUUCGUUGGCUUUCUCCAUCGGCGCAUUCCUUUCAAUCUCAUCCUCGCAACAGAUUUCUCCCUCCUUCCAUCUCGAUCCCUGGCACUGGCAAUCAUGAGUGACGAGGGAGAGAAGAUCUGUCCUCUCUGCACUGAAGAGAUGGACUUGACUGAUCAGCAAUUGAAGCCUUGCAAAUGCGGCUACGAGAUAUGUGUAUGGUGUUGGCAUCAUAUAAUGGAGAUGGCUGAGAAGGACGGGACUGAAGGGCGUUGUCCUGCAUGCCGUGUCCCUUAUGACAAGGAGAAGAUUGUAGGGAUGGCCGCGAAAUGUGAGAGAUUAGUGGCUGAAAUUAACAUGGAGAAAAAGUCGAAGGUGCAGAAGGCAAAGACAAAGCCAUCUGAUGGGAGAAAGCAGCUGAGCAACAUGCGAGUGAUUCAAAGAAACCUGGUUUAUGUAGUUGGCUUGCCUCUUAACCUAGCUGAUGAGGAUCUUCUCCAGCGUAGAGAUUAUUUUGGUCAGUAUGGGAAAGUUCUAAAGGUAUCAAUGUCGCGGACAUCAGCUGGUGUAGUUCAGCAAUUCCCAAACAACACCUGUAGUGUAUAUAUAACUUAUGCUAAAGAGGAGGAAGCGGUGCGUUGCAUUCAAUCUGUACAUGGAUUUGUCUUGGAUGGUAGAGCGUUAAGGGUGUGCUUUGGAACUACAAAAUACUGUCAUGCGUGGCUCAGAAAUAUGCCUUGCACCAAUCCAGAGUGCUUGUAUUUGCAUGAGAUUGGUUCUCAAGAGGAUAGUUACACCAAAGACGAGAUUAUUUCAGCGUAUACAAGGAGCAGAGUUCAGCAGAUCACCAAUAAUAUGAACACACUGCACCGACGAGCAGGGAAUAUGUUGCCACCACCUGUUGAUGAUUACUGCAAUAACACCUCUGCUUCCCCUGGGAAACCUAUUGUCAAAGAUGCUUCAAAUAGCAUAGGUAGCAUUGGCAAAGGUUCUCCACCAAAUGGAGGUAGUGGCAGGUCCGUUGUACUUCCCGCUGCUGCCUCAUGGGGAACGCGUGCUUCAAACUAUCAGUCAUCAUCUGCUAGGUCAGCUUGUUUAAAUGGGCAUUCUAGACAAGGAUCUGAUUCAGAAGAUGUUGCAUCUGCAUUUUCAUCAGUAGUGGCAAGUACCGUUCAAGCUCCUAAAUUGCAUAGUAACAUAAAGAAGCCAACAACCAAUGAUGGCAUUCACACAUUGGUAGCUAAAGAUAAAUUGGAUACAUCCAGUUCUUUGAAGCAACAUGCGAAUCAUUCCGCAUCAGAUAAAUAUCUUGAAGUAGAAACAGCUCCUACUGUUAGAAACUCCAGCAGAUCCUUACAUCCACUAUUAGUUGAGCAAUAUAAUGGAAGGAUCGAUAUGCCAUCUAGUGUCGCCAGUUCUAUCAAUGAUUCAAGGCAGCACUCUUGUUUCGAGUCUGAAGAGGAGUCUGACACAGAGAAUUAUGGGAAGGUUCAAAACUUAUGUUCUGAUGUCUUGUCAAUUAGCAUUGACUCCAGCACUCUCCACAAACCUUCAAGCAUAUCCAGAGCGAAAUCUUCUGUUAGUGGUUCAGUUUUUUCUAAAGCAGGGAGUCUGCAUGAGGUGCCUCAGAAUAUAUGUUCUGAGCACCAUGAAGAGCCGGAUACUAAGAGAGUCGCCCCAGUUUGGAGUGGAGGAGAUUUAACGGAGCUUAUUCGGCAAUCAGAUUCACAAAAUACUGUCCCGGACAAAUGUUCUGAAGUUGAAGAUGAUAUAUUGUCUUUUGAUAGUCAAAGACAUAAAGACCCUGAAGUUGUUCAUUACCCAACUUAUGGUUCCAGAUCAGUUGGUGCUCUUCAUUCUUCCCAUUAUUUAGGGACUCAAACAUUUCCGCAAGGUGAGCCCUUUAAUGUGAUGGCCAUAAAUGCUGGCCCUGUUUUGGGAGAAAGCAAGGUCGAUAAUUGUUCUGUCUCUCACUUGUCAAACGGUUUAAUAGCAUCAAAUGGCCACUGGGAUAGCUUCUCCAGGGGCUCUGCUUUUGUGGAUACUACUACUUCUGACCAUUCUUUGCUUCGGGGAGAAGGCAAUGGUACUAUUGGAAGGUUUCUUGUUGAUGCAGUGAAUGCUGAUGGCACCAAUCAUCUAGAUAAUCCUGGAGAGCACAGCAUAAUUUCCAAUAUUUUAUCCAUGGACUUCGCUUUUGAUGACUCAUUGACUUCACCCCAGGAUUUGUCUAAACUUCUGGGAGAAAUUGAUGCAGAGUCAGGUUCUCUUAACAAGUUGAGUUCUCGGAAAGUUCAGAACAGCAAUCAGUCCAGGUUCUCAUUUGCUAGACAAGAGGAACAAUCUCAUGCAUGUGAUGCUGGAGCUUCUAGUCUUUUCAAGCAAUUUCCAAUGGAGUCAUCGUAUAAUCAAGAUCUUCACGAGUCAAGAGAAUCAUAUGUCGAUAAAUUUGGGAUCACCAAUGGAUUUUUUCACAAUCCUUGGGAAGCGGACAAUUUUGCUUGCAGUGCUGGUUCUCUCUCAUCUAGCAAGAGCUCUGGAGUUUCAGGAUCUCAAAUGUUGGCGCCACCUGGUUUCUCAGUACCUAAUAGAGCACCACCUCCUGGGUUUUCAUCUCAUGAGAGAACAAACCAUGCUUUUGAUGCAAUGACUCGGAACUAUUCGCAUGAAAUGCCCUCUUUGAUGAGAAAUUCACAGCAACCACAUCUAAAUGGAAAUAUUGGCACUCCUGAUAUAGAGUUCAUGGAUCCUGCUAUAUUAGCUGUAGGGAAAGGGAGACUUCAGAGCGUGCUCAACAAGCAGCCUUCCUUAGAUGUUAGAUCUUUCCCCAGUCAGUUCAAUGACUUCGAUAAUGAGGCAAGACUCAAAUCGUUGAUGCAAAGGUCUCUUUCCCAACAGCAGAAAGCAGGAUAUGUCGUAGGGGAUGGGUAUUCUUUAACAGAUGAUUCCUAUGGCAUUUCUCAGAGGAUUCUGGAUCGGGCACAAGUGGGAAGUCUCUCUGCUUUUGCCCAAUUGUCCAUGCAGCACGACCAGAAUGGACCGAUUUCAAAUGGGCACUGGGAUGGAUUGAGUGACAUUCAUGGAGGGAAUGGUCUGGGUAUGGCGGAGCUCCUCAGAAAUGAGAGACUCGGAUUGAACAAGUUCUAUGAUGGGUAUGAAGAUCCGAAGAUGAGGAUGGCCACCUCAGGAGAUAUAUAUCGUAGAACUUUUGGGAUGUGAGGUAAUGCUCUGUAGAAAUCGAUUUUGGACAAUUGGGGCAAUAUAGAGCACUGGUAUUUCAUGGCUCAUGGCGGUUCAGAGAACUCGAACUCAACGUGACAGGAUCCAUCCUCCCACUAACUGGCCUCGAUCAAGCAGCCUGUUGAGGCUCAAGCUCCCAAAAUUGUGGGGGUUUGAGAAUGCAUCAGUUUUUUAUUGAUUCAUACACAGCGGACAUGGAAAGUGCGGCCCCAAUUAUGAUUGGAGAGACGCGAAUGCGGGUGCAGUAGGUGGCAGAAAUUGCUGGAUGGUCUGUUCAAGAGUUCGGGAUCUGAGGAGGAGAAUCAAAUCAUCAUUCUCUGCCUCUGAACCACCCAAAUGGUUAGAAAUUCUGUGUGCCCUAUUUGGACUCUAAUAUUUCAAUUUGUACAGUGUCUAUGCCUGAAAUACAUAAAAUUGCAUGUGCCUGGACAUAAAUAGCCGUAAUAUUAUCUACCUUUCUAUGGACACCCCACGUGAGAAUUUUCCAUCAGCGCCGUACCUUUCAACAGUAUAAGUAACUCCGGCACAUCAAUUAAGUCUGA